UCCCGCGCAGUGCGUUAAUCACGGACGUGCUCGGCAUUACAAUACGUCUUGAUCCAUCAGUUAAUGCCCAAGUAAUUCAUAGUAAUGCAUUAAAUUGUUGCUGCUUGGAUAGAAAUUAGCAUUAUGGCAGCAGAUCUCCAGCGAUCCAGGUGGCUUUAUGUGCUGCCAGACACAAAAAUAAAACGAUUAAGAGCAUAAUGUGUCAUCGGUGUCCAGGCUCUAGUCGCAGGGUAUAAAUAGAAGCCCGCUGUCCAGAUUUAUAGCCAGAACGCAAAAGAUCCGCACGGAACCAGAACCACAACGAGAAUUAAAACAACAUGAGAGUUCCAGUCUUAAUGUUCCUCGCCUUGCUGCUGGCCAAUUGUCUGGAUUUGGGCAAUGGUUUGCUCUUCAAGAAGCUGAAAGCACUCAAAGGUCUCAAAAGUGGCUACAGCUCUGGCUAUGGCUACAAUUCGAACGUGGGAUAUGGAGGUCAUGGCGGAUAUGGGGGCUAUGGUGUAUAUAAAGGAUAUGGAGGAUAUAAUGGCUAUGGCAAUGGCUAUGGCAACAGUUAUAGCAGUGGCUAUGGCAGCGGCUACGGCGGUGGCUACGGCGCAGGCUAUGGCAGUGGCUACAGCGCUAGUUACGGUGCUGGCUACGGCGCUGGCUACGGCGGUGUCUACGGCGGUGGCUAUAGCAAAGGCUAUGGCUAUGGUAGUGGUUACGGAUAUGCGCAGCAGCCCCAGAGGCCAAGAAAACCACAACGUACCGGGCGCACCUACUCAGAGAUAGCCAGUGUUCUAAGACCGGAUCCCUAUCUAGGUCUAGGCGCGGGCCGCUAUCUACCUCGCGCUCCUUAUUCACAUUUGUGGGGCUGACUAAUUUAAUUCCAAAUCUGUGUCGAACUCAAAAAUAAACCUGUGAAAGUUAUGAUAUAAUAAAAUUUAAGUACACUACA